UUGGUGGUUCACUCACUAACGGUGCUUCAUGAUUAAAUGUCGGCCACCUCCUUUCAAUGGCAUCAUCGUCAUCGCACACAACUUUGGGAUUAUUUGUCUUGCGUCUUGUCUCAGAUUCCCCAAGUGCUUGGGUUAGGAGAAACCAGUCGUAGAAGAAACAGUAGACGUCUCACGUUACGGCUAGACAAUUGUCUAGCUGGACGCGCGUUUAUCUUACAACUUUCGGAAAAAGCUACGUGGGCACCGGCUUGCCGAACCGAAACUGGUAACUAGCAGAAAUAAUACGACUGUCAAAAUGAUAUGCAUCGUGACGUGAAUUUAUGAUAGAGACAGUGUUUAGAAACCACGACUCUCCUUCGCAACAAAUCGCUUGGUGCGAUGUGGUUAUUUAAAGUGAUUGCCAUUCACGUGAUAGCGGCCUUAAUCGUUCAAGUUGAGUGUUCCAGCGCCGAUGAAUCUCAAGGAGCAAUACCCAACACCGACAUAAAAACGUCAUUGGAAACAGCGAACAAGAAUGCGCUACCUGCAAGCACAUCCACCACAGAGGCUCCGGCCUCGUCUCACUCUUUCUACCAUGGCUUCUUUGCUGCCAUCGCAUUCAUGCUUGUAUCGGAACUGGGGGACAAGACCUUCUUCAUUGCAGCCAUCAUGGCCAUGCGUCACUCGCGGCUCAUCGUCUUUAUUGGAGCUAUGGCAGCACUGGCUGUCAUGACGGUGUUGUCCGCACUCCUGGGCCUUGCCACAAGUAUCAUUCCCGUGGUGUACACGCAUUAUUUGGCCGUCGUGCUUUUCCUCUGCUUUGGGCUUCGCAUGUUGAGGGAAGCGUACUACAUGUCACCUACAGAAGGCUUAGAAGAAUAUGAGGAAGUACAAAAGUCAUUAUCCAAGAGAGACAUGGAGUCGGGCACAGUAGCCGACCCAGAAGCAGGCACCGGCGGAGUGACCGUCCACAGAGUCUUCUGGAGGAUUCUGUUCCAGGCAUUCACCAUGACAUUUGUAGCCGAGUGGGGAGACCGUUCCCAGAUCGCUACGGUGGCCCUUGCUGCCAAAGAGGGUGCAGUUGCCGUCUCAUUAGGUGCCAUUCUAGGCCAUUCCAUGUGUACAUCUCUCGCCGUGAUCGCGGGAAGGCUAGUCGCCCAAAAGGUGUCUGUAAGAACUGUAACCUUUGUAGGGGGCAUUGCUUUCCUGUGUUUUGGUGCAAUUUCACUGAUCAUGGGACCGGACGACCCCUAUGCCACCUAGCUUCGCAAGUCUGCACAAAUUUUUGCAUCUGCGAAGGAAGAUCGUUGUCAUCACAAACACCAACUUUCACGAGGGCAUUUGAAAAAAUGGGGACAAUUUUUGUAAUAGCCUGCCGUAUAUGAAGCACGAGUAUGUACAUAGGCACACUGUGUAAAUAAUGUGCGCAGGCUCACGAGUUUUGAUUCUGCAAGAGUCUUUAAAAGUGGUUACAGGUAAGAACUGUGACAGGAAUGAGAUAUGCGUACUUUCAUUUGGAAAGUGGAUCGAUUUUUGAGGCACUGUACACAUUGAACGCAUUUUUGAUGUUCGGUCAUGUCCUCUGCCAUCUCCAAGUGUAGGGAUCUGCGUUUUUUUUUUUUUUUUUUUUCCUUUAAGAUGGUUUCUCUCGGAUUUCAUGUUUGUUUGAGAAAUUUCGGAUUGUCACAUUUUUUUUAGGAAGCGGUUGCCUGGCAGCCAAAUCAAGUCGAAGAAUGUUCGCCAUUUUUGGUUGGCACGUAAAACCUUGUGCUCUGCUAUUGUAAUUUAUGGCUUUCACAAAACUGUAUGCUCUCGAUCUUAAAUACCGUAUGUUCUUCGUGUCGACAGUAUUGCGAUAGGUUAAUGUUGGGUUUAGAAUCGAUAAAACACGUGCCAGGAGCACGGUUGCCUAGCAAAUGUGGCACAUAUAAAAUUUUAUUUUUGGCAGUUUCACAGAAUUAAUGUAUUUCUUAUUAAAUCUUUAUUGACAGAAAUUUAAUGGGCAAGUGCGUGUCAGAUUGUUGGACUGAUUCAAAAAUGCGGUUCCCUACACACAUAGUUAGCCGAGAUUAGAACAACAUCCUUUUUGAGGAAUCGUGAUGUCAACAGACACACAAAUUGUUGAUAUCCCACCGAAUAAAAUCCCUCCAAAAACAUAA